CUUUUAUUGCGUCGCUUCUUUGGAAAGUGAAGUGAAGCCGUGCUCAACAAAAAGGACGUCCAGACUCACCCAAUAAUAAAGACCGAAUGAAUCGACGCUGUUAAAUCGAUAAUACAGUUAACGCAUCAUAUACAUAAAUUAAGUUGCCACCAGGGUGAACAAUAUUGAAAAAUGGCAGCUCAUAAGUGUUGGAAAGUGUGUAUUUUCGCAAUAUGUGGCAGGUCCUAUCAGCUGUCAUAACAAACGUGCACGGGGCUAAAUUUGUUGUUUUAUUAUUGUAAAAGCAUAAAUUCACAAUAAAUUCGUCAAAAUGAGCGACAGUGAGGCAGAAGAAACUCACAAGAAUAGCACCGAGCCUGUAGACAAUGCAUGGUCGCUUAAAAUACCGACAUUCAAGCGAGACGACAAUCCACAUGGCCUGGUCGAGGAGAGUUCCUUUGCCACGCUGUUUCCCAAGUACCGGGAAAAAUAUCUCAAGGAGGUAUGGCCACUGGUGCAACAAUGUGUGGCGGAACACGAUUUAAAAGCAGAGCUGGACCUGGUAGAAGGCAGCAUGGUGGUAAAGACUACGCGCAAGACCUGGGAUCCGUACAUCGUCAUUAAAGCCCGUGACAUGAUCAAGCUAAUGGCACGCAGUGUGCCCUUUGAGCAGGCAAAGCGCGUAUUACAAGAUGAAAUUGGUUGCGACAUUAUUAAAAUAGGGAACCUGGUACACAAAAAAGAAAAAUUCGUCAAACGCAGGCAACGUUUGAUCGGACCAAAUGGCGCCACUCUUAAAUCAAUCGAGCUGCUUACUGACUGCUAUGUUCUGGUGCAGGGCAACACAGUAGCCGCUCUAGGUCCUUACAAAGGUCUGCAGCAAGUGCGCGAUAUUGUGUUGGAAACCAUGAACAAUGUACAUCCCAUCUAUAAUAUUAAGGCACUUAUGAUUAAGCGCGAACUGAUGAAAGAUCCGAAACUGGCCAGUGAAGAUUGGUCGCGUUUCCUGCCCAAGUUCACAAACAAGAACAUCAGCAAACGUAAGCAGCCCAAGGUCAAGAAGCCCAAGAAGGAAUACACGCCAUUCCCGCCAGCGCAACCAGAAAGCAAGAUUGACAAACAACUUGCCUCUGGUGAAUAUUUCCUCAACAAGGAGCAAAAGCAGGCCAAGAAGCAGCAGGAGCAUAACGCCAAGCAAGCUGAGGCUGCCAAGAAACAAGAUGAGCGUCGUAACAAGGACUUCGUGCCCCCCACUGAGGAGGCACCAAACCGCAAGCGCAAUGCUGAAGAUGCCAACACACGAGUGGAUGUGAAGGCUCUGAAAGCAAAGCUGGUCAAGGCGAAUAAAAGUGUGAAAAGUUAAUAUGUAGGUGACUGUUCCGAUAUAUCAGCUCUUAGCUAUUAAGAAUGUUUUAAAUUUAAAAUAAAACGCGUAAUUAAAACUA